AUGUGCAGCCAGAUGCCGUGCAAAAAUAUCACCUCUUGCGGCUCCUCGUGAGCAAAUCUGCCCAUCCCAGAAAAUUUGGUAAUCAUGUGACCGUACACCGACCGCCCGCCGUCCGUCCGCACCACAGGCUUACCAAAUUGAAUGUAAAAUAACUCAAUCAACAGGUAUGGCAACCCAAAUGCAACUGGAGGUUGUUUUGGCGGGAAAUCACAUAGCCCCCGCGUGUUGUGAAGCAGAGACAACUAAAGAGUUAAUAAAGACGAAAACGGAAAGCGGAAAUUGUUUCUGUAUCCGUGUUUUCUGAAUUAUUAAGCUUAGAUUAAUUGUCAUGUCCACAAAUUCGGAAUAUAGCGCAAGAGAAAGGGAGAGAAAAAGAGAAAAUAGGCGGCAGGCAAGCGAAACUCAACAAGAAAAAGGCGACAGAGAUCUAGGGCGAGAGAUAAAAAAACAAACAAACAAGCAAACUAAGGAGGUGACAAUAUGAGAAAUGCUAGCGGCCACAAAUGCAAGGUGAAAAUGGGCGGCAGUUAAAAAAAAGUGAACGAGAACACGUACGACAUUUCCACCAAAAAACGUGUAACUGGGAAGUUUCUGGAAGUUUCAGGUUGUAGUCGGGCAAAACAACGGGAAAGAAAUGUACAAAAAAAGUGUGCUGCACGUGCAAAGUUGCUUUUUGCUAAUUAGAACUAUUGUUGUUUUUCACCGUUGUCCCGCGUUGUCAUCGCUGUGUUGCGCUAAAAAUCGUCGUUGCGAAUUGUCUCGUGUAACAUCACCUUUAGCAUUACACGAUUUUAUGUUUUGUUUGGACACACUUUAAAUAUUAUCGAGAGCUUCGCUUUUAGCUCUGGCUAAAUCUAUAUAUAUAUUAUAUAGAUUAAGCUAGGGCUAAAAGCGGAGCUCUCGUUAAUGUACAAAAUAGGUAUAGCUUAUUCAAACAAAAAAUACAAUUCUGUGCUUAAUGGCCAAGGCAAAGUGAACGGCAAAAAACAAACAAACAAACAAACAAAAACGAAACAAUAGGUCUAAUUAGCAAAUAACAACUUUGCACGUGCUUCACACGUUUUUGGUCAUUUCCUUGCCGUUGUUUUGCACGACUGCAACGUGAACCUUCCUAGUUACACGUUUUAUGGAGGAAAUGUCGCAUGUGUUUCCGUUUGCCUAUUUUUUUCACUGCCACUCAUUUUCAUCUUGGUGGCCGCUAGCUUCUUACUGCCACUAUAACCAUAACGCUUUCAUGUUUUUCUUCUAACGAAACUCGUCUUCUUUAUAUUUUUUCUCUCGCUUCAGCUCUUUCUCUGUUAUCCACGUAAGUGAAGACAUUAAAAUUUAGUCGAAAAAAAAGGACACAGCUUUGUUGUUAUUUUUUCUCGUCAAGAACAUUUCCAAAUUCCAAUUCGAUCCAGAAUGCUCAAGCGUUUAAUACAUGAGCCCCGGGCUCGGGAGAUUGGGCAACCACUCCUCACGCUAUCGAGCUUAAAUAAAAUUAAUUUAAUUUUAAUUUAAUUCAAGAAUGGGUGGCCAUGCAAUUUACCGCCAAAACACGCAAGUGUUUGAAAUGCGAAAUUUCACCUCUGCUUACACGUAGGGGUGGACGAACGGACGGACGUAUCUACUUGCGCAAGAUUUUGCCAGAACCAAAAUUUCCUGGAUGCAUAGGUAACCAAAUUUUCUUACCCAUGGUGCUCCGCUAAAAAAAAAACACCCAUCGUAUAUAACUGAAUUUAAGUCCCCUUCCCGGAAGUUAAAUCCCCCCUUUUAGUGUAACGAAAUAAAUUCGACGUUUUGAGGGUUAAUCAAAAAAAUUUAAAAAUGCAAAACGUAUUUUGAUCAGCUCUUACCUGAGAUUGUUUCGAAGCGCUUUUGUUAUAUUCCGGUUAUCCCUGACGGAUAUAAUAUUGUAUACAGUCUAUUCCUUUUUAUUAAAAACUGAAUCAUUGGAUAAUGCAAUUCUAGCAUUUUGAUUGGCUUAGCCGUUAUGGUAUAUGAGCUAUUAUACCAUGCUCUCCAUAUAUGGUCGGUGUACGCGACAGUUUAAAAUUGGAAGCUAGCUGAGAUUUUUUUUCGCGAAGGAUAGAACGGCGCCCGAAGCAAAUUACUUUAAUUCAUUUCUUAGAAUACUAGAAAUGCAAUUUCAUUGAAAGAAAAAAGACAAAAACAAACAAAAAAGCCACAAGAGCUUGUUUGAAAGUUUGUCGAAAAACACAUGAAAACACAUGGAACUAAAGUACCUUGACCAGCUACGAAAGAAGACAAGUGUUGUUUCUUCAUGAUCGUGAAGCCAUUCGCCGAUCAAGUCACUCGCCAAUAGAUAAGUGUGGCUUGUUUACCCGACAUCAAGAAUAUAAAUCACGAGUAACCAGCUACAAAUACAGGCUAUGCAGCCAUUCACUAGAGCAAUCGAGGCGCAGUAUAGCUUCUUUUCUCGUUCAGCAAAACCAGCUUGUGGCUUCAAACAACUUCAUAACAAGCGACCGAGGUAAUAGUUUUUCUCCGUUGUUCUUACUUUUAUAACUGCACCGAAAAUCCAAAUUCACUGUAAUUUCGACGGCUGUCACUUAAAAAUUCUUUUCAAACGAUAAAUUUCUUUCGCAAAGUGAAGUAUAAUUUACUUAACGAGACCAUUUGACGACUAUUUCUCGUUACAUGCUUUAUUCAUUAUAUUUGCUUGAGUUAUUCAGGCUACAUGCCAGGAGUUUGAUGAGAAUGUUUGUGUGCUAUAAUUAUGCUGAUAAGUUUUUGCACCUUUAUAUUGAAACUCAUGUAAGCCAAACGUUUGUUAACUCUAGCAAAACACUCUUCUAUUAUGGAGGAACUUUUAACGUCUUUCGGGGCCCUAAUAUGGUGUCAGAUUUUUAGGGGAAACAAAGCUUGAUUUUUGACCAAACAGACUAUAGCUUUUUUGCCUUUGAAGAGAGCGCGAGGCAAACGUCCGUGAGUACAGUGUAAGACAGUGAUUCUUUAGGUAGAGCUAACAAACAUAGGCUGCACUUUAGGUGGCACACCCAUGGGUGCAGUGUAACCUAGUGAUUCUUUAGGUAGAGCUAACAAACAUAGGCUGCACUUUAGGUGGCACACCCAUGGGUGCAGUGUAACCCAGUGAUUCUUUAGGUAGAGCUAACAAACAUAGGCUGCACUUUAGGUGGCACACCCAUGGGUGCAGUGUAACCCAGUGAUUCUUUAGGUAGAGCUAACAAACAUAGGCUGCACUUUAGGUGGCACACCCAUGGGUGCAGUGUAACCCAGAGAUUCUUUAGGUAGAGCUAACAAACAUAGGCUGCACUUUAUGUGGCACACCCAUGGGUGCAGUGUAACCAAGUGAUUCUUUAGGUAGAGCUAACAAACAUAGGCUGCACUUUAGGUGGCACACCCAUGGGUGCAGUGUAACCCAGUGAUUCUUUAGGUAGAGCUAACAAACAUAGGCUGCACUUUAGGUGGCACACCCAUGGGUGCAGUGUAACCCAGUGAUUCUUUAGACAGAGCUUACAAACAUAGACUUGGGAUGGUAACAAGUUUUCCAGUUAAAACUUGGUCAUAAAGUGCUACACCAUGGCACUUCGACUAUUUCAUAAUCGCGCUUGUUUUGACGCACAAUUGAUAGUCAGGAGAAGUCGUAUUUUCUAAAGCCAUAGAAAAAGACAAAUUUACACACAUCACAGCGUUAAGGUAAGGUAAUACACGGUAUUUCCUUCAGGUACAUUUACAUUUUCUGUUAGGUUAUAAGCGAUUAAAUCGCAUGCAGCGACGAAAAAAACGCGAAGCCGUCAGAUAUUCUAGAACCGUGUUAUUUACAGUGCUGUGCAUUAUUAUUGCUUAACUAACUAACUACUCGCUGAUGGAAAUAAGUUUCGGCCGCUUUAAAUUUUGAAACAAUUCACUGGUACUGUAUAGUCAUGAAUUGGAGCGGAAAGUUAGCACAGGAGCGGGGCGAUUCAGGGGCACCCAACGACAAUUUUCGGAAAAUUAUCUGUUCGGAAGACGAUUUGAGGUCUAGAAUUUUCGGAUCAUUUUCUGAAAAAUUUCUUGCUUGCCUGUCUCUCCUAGGAUUUUCGAACUUCAAAACAAUCGCAUAAUUGCCCAUUUUAAACGGAUUUUUACCCUAAAAAGGUCACCUAGAAUUUCCGGGAGCCUUUUUUCUGGCUGAAAUUUUCGAAAAGGUAUAUUUUGAUCCCUAUAAUUUUCGGAUCACUAUACUUUCAGCUAGGAAAUCCGAACAGAUGAAAAAUUUUUAGGGGAUAAAAAUAAGCCUUUAUCUAACGUUUAAAUACUAAAGUACGUUCAACAAUGCUAUGUUAAUGUGGUUUUGAACUAUAUUCUCGUUGGGUGCCCCUGGCGAUUCUGCUGUGGUUUCUGUAAUGUAGAAGAUAUUACGGCAAUGAGGCUCUCGAGGUCCGUUCUGGAAAUCACAACUACAUGUAGGAUGAAAUGUAUUCUGCGUGCAGACGUCUCCUUUUCCAGGUUAGGUUAAAUAAACCGUACCAACGGUUUGUUUAACAAAGCUCCCGCGAGACGGUUUCUUGGUGAUUUUAUUAAUUUUUCCGAUCCACUUUUUUUUUUCAGCUCUAUUUUCGCGGCUUUUGCGAUACAAACUGUAUUCAUUUUUAGUUGUGAUGGCAUUACACUGCUUAAUCAUAACGGCUUUGGAAGAAACUGAAUAUAUUGCGCUUCGCGAUUUCGCAAAAUUGCUGCGUUUUAUCUAAAGGUCCUUGAGAACAGAAUAAGACAAUAUUUUAUUACCUACAACCUAAAAACCCGAUUUUAGACCAGAUCGAAACAAAACUGACCUCUGAAAUGGAAGAAGAAAAGCCUUUUAUUUUUGCCGGCUUCGGCCUGCCGACGAGAUCGUGUCUGUUUUGCUUUCAUAUGAUGACAUUUUCCUGACAUAAGGGUGUCGGGAAAAACACCUCGUGCUGAUCAUACGUGACAAAAUCCGCCGCGCCUAAGCUAAUUAAGAAAAGUCUCCUCGAAAGCUUCAUACAAUUCCUUAUAACAAAAUUAUAAGGAAUUAUAUGGAGCUCUCCGGGAUACUUACAGUGCAAGCCCUUUGUGUCUUCUCAUGCUAAGCGAAACUCUCGUUAAUAUUCUUAUACCGGUAGUUUACUCAAACAAAAAAUAAAAUCGUGCAAUGCUAAACGGCGUCGGCAAUGAGAACCGCAUAAAACAACAAGUCUAAGUAGCCAAAAAAGAACUUUGCACGUGCAGCACACUUUUUCGUACAUUUUCUUUGCCGUUGUUGUGAUAACGUGAAACUUCCUAGUUACACUUUUUAUAGAGAAAAUGUCACUUAUGUCCCUGUUAAGAAAUUUACAAAAUCAACGAUUUUUCGCGAUGACCUUGCGAACACUCUAUAAUUUACAAAAUUAAGGAUUUUUGGCGAUGAGCUUGCGAAAAGCGGCGGUGCAGAUUUUACAAUUUUAACUGAAAUCAUUUGUAAAAUUUACAAAACUUGCAGGAUUUUUCGUCAGAGUCUUCUGCGAUUAUCACAACUUGUUCCCCUUUAGUGUGUAAAUGAUAACACGUCUUCAAAGCGGCGCUGUGGAUUUUAAUCUACAAAAUGUCGUACGUGUUCAUUAACAUUCUGAGCCACAUCCGGUGUGGUUUUCGUGCCGUUGAACAUAGCCAGUAAUACUUUCAUUCGUUCUUGCGGCUACCCACCUCUUAAUAAAAGAAAACGUGGUUUAAAAUGGUUGAAAGUGAAAAACGCCUAUAAGGUUACACUAAACUUCUUCUCAGCUACAUUGCAAAUUGAACACAAUGUUCUUCAAAAAAGUUUUAAAAUCGCGCUUAUAAAUCAUUAAAUAUUAACACACUAUUAUUUACAGUUUUUAAAAUUGUUCAUAAAGACGUCAAGAUGUUUUUAGCUAGCGCUACCGCGGAUGUAUUAAGAUCUUACUGAUAAACUAAGCCUAACAGGGACGGCUUCUCCUAGUUUUACUGUCUCUAAUAUGGCAGCAGGUCGUUGCUUCUCCGUGCUAGCAUUUUUGCUGGUUUGUGCUGUUUGGGGAGCUUGGCUGAACUACGUGGCAACUGCACAAAAAGGUAGGAAUAAAGUAUAUUGACUGACAUGCAAGCAUACACAAGUGUCCUGUUGGAUCCCGAACGGUCUUCUUUCGUUUUUUCAAUUGAGCUUUUCUGUUAUUUACUGUUAGAGUGCUAAAGACCGCAAAUCGAUAAUUACAAUUUGUAGUUUACGCCGCCCUAGAGCACGAGCUCGUUACAUCAGCAACUUGUGCAAUAGCAUGUUACCAGUGCUAAUUUUGCCAACCCGUUUGUAGACUUGACUGCAAAACCCUCGCUUCAGACCUUUCGUUAGACCGCUUCUAUCGCGCGCGCUUUCUUGACCAUUGUGGGCAACUAUAAGCUGUUCUACAAUCUAACUCGUUUGCAAACUUAAGGGGCUGCCAAAGCACUGACUUCUGCUCAGUAUAUAUAGACCUUCACCGCAUGCAUGGGAUAAACAGUGUCUUUUCCCUCUAUAUUCUAAUAAAGUACCGCAAUCAGUCUGAUGAUCAGAAGGACGUCCUCGGCCCACUAAAAAGACUCUGCUGUUUGACAUAGCGCCCUGCAAAUGAAUUUUCAUAGUUUUGAGGUGCCUAUAUUAAGUUUCAAACCAAGGGCCUUAAUUCUUUCCUCUUUUAAUCAAUGCACGCGAAAUCGAGCAGCUGUGCCUCGGGCAACUUAAAGCCGCUCAACAGAUCGCGGACACGGACGGAGAUCAUUGUGUUUUGCAAGCCACAAAAAUAAAACUUUAGGUCUAGUGCUGAAGUUUCAACUUUAUCGUGUUGUAUAUCAGGAUAACCUUGAAAAAAAAAAAAAAAAAACUUCGAAACCAAAAUGACGGUGUGUUUGUACAAUUAUACUAUUUGUGUCAUAGAUAUUAAAUGUUUGGUGCGUUUAAAUUCUAAGAGCUUUUCGCUGGCGGCAAGUCAACUUAAAAAUGCUUCAGUUCUAGAAUAAUUUCAUCACUUAAUUCAGAUGCUUUUGAAGCCUGUUUGGUUAAUUUAGAACUGCUCUUAAAACUAUUUCUCUUUGGAUGACUCAGGCCCGGGGGGCUGGAGGGUGGGGUACUUAACAAAGUUUUAUACGGGGAGGCUUCGCUGCGAGGUCCAACACCUUAUGCUUUUAUAAACCAUUUUUGACAGAAAAGUAACCGCUUUCGUACACCUUUUAUUGACAAAUGGUACCCCAUUCAUAUACCUACUUUAGCUGCUGUAAAUACACUGUCUUCAAAAUCUAAAUAAGUCACAAAUUAAACCAGCACUCCACUGAUUUCUCACCCUUUCACAGCCACAAAAUGCAUUUGCAAUCCAUUUUUCGCCUUAUACAGACCGAGAUGACAGAUUUUCUUACCCUUUCAUAUACCUGAAGCCUGAAAAAAGUCCUUUGUGGCACGGUCUCUCCUUAUAGGCCAUUUACAGGUAGUACCCCCUACCGGGUCUUAAGGAAACUCUGGUCAUCUGGAAAGAAGAUGGCUUUUUGGUUUCGUGCGAAACUGUUAGCCUACCCAAUCUGAUGGGUCAGGUCGAGAGUUUAAGGAUAUGUAGUAGCCGUACAUACUUUCAUUAGAAAAUUAUAGGAGACGUUUAAUUUGUCUUCCAUAAACCGAAAUUUUUAGGAGACCUUUUCUAACAAUAGUAUCAAAAUUUUUGAUCAAAAACGAUUUCUUAAAACAUAAGCAAGCGAAUAUUAACUUUAAAAGCCGACGUUUCGGUAUCAUCAUGACACCAUUCUCAAGGCUUGAGAAUGGUGUCAUGAUGAUAUCGAAACGUCGGCUUUUAACGUUAAUAAUCUGAAAAUUAUGGUAAUAAAAUGUCCAAAAAAAACCCUCAAAAAAUCGUAAUGUAAGGUAGCGAAAAAAAAAUAGCUUUUGCGAGUUUUUUUUGUUUUUUUUUGUUUUUGUUUAACAGCAAACAAAUUUUAUUGAAAUUUAACAUGUAACUAGUAAUUACAAAAUCUUUCCACCCACAAAGAGCUUAUGAACUAAUCGAAGCAGGGGAGGAAGGACGUAUUACAAUACAAGGUUCAUCUAUUAGAUGGACUAAUUAGCAAUGAAGACACUACUAACAUUACAACAUACGUAAAACAAAGUACGUAUUGACAACGAUUACGAAGAGGGACUAAGACUGAUUAAAAGUCUUAAACAAUUUAAUAAGACGGGGGACUUCAACAUACUCAUCUUCUGACCGCAAGAAAUUUACUAAUAAUUUCUCUAUCUUUUUACGAACAGACGAUCGCUUAAGCGUUUUAAUUGUAUAGGAAUAGAGUUCCAAAUUUAAGAAUCGAUUCUCGUGGAAAAGGCAGACAUUUUAUCGGUCCUAGAGAACUUAACAUAGACUUGUUUUAGUAAUUGACUGAGUACACUAACUGGCGCUGACUGUCUGUUGAUAUCAGAAAUUUUCUAGGCCAAAAAAAUAAACAAUAACUUGUUAAAAAGCCAUUGGAUGGGUCUUAUCAUUGGGUUACACGUGCCUUUUCAUCAAGUUUCAAAAUAUAUUAAUACGAUCCUUAUUUCGUCCCGUCACCUGUUGUUAAGUCCCACCCUUUAGAGUCUACUAAUAAACACGGGAAGUAGCUAGCAGCCUGAAUUUGAACCCGAUCUCUCCCCAGCAAUACGUGUGAAUCAACGAGCCGCUAAUACUGUCUGGUGACUUCACUACUCCUUUGCUUUUAUCCAUGCAAAAAGUAAAUCACAAUUUUCAACUGGCAAACAAGUACAUAUCGUCCUGAAAGGCCUACAUGAUGCAGAAUUGUGUUACUCUUGACAGCGUCUUAAGUCUUAGUUCAAAAACGUUAAAACUGUUAUCAGCAUUCAGUAUAUAUUCUGAACAAACUUUUGCUUGUAUAGCACCAUAGUUCAAUAAUCAAACUCGAUGGCGGCAACACAAGAAUGAAAUACACACGGGACACACUUUCUUCAGUGUGCUCUGAAUUUAACAGAACCUAACUAUUUGUUGCUUAAACAAGAUGAAAGAAAGGAAGUAAGCAAAGACAAAAAACUAACAGAAUCAUCCACAUGCACUUGAACGUUUGAGUAUAUGUAGUAGCCGUACUUUCAUUAGAACAUUCUAGGGAACGUUUUGUCUUUAAACCAAAAUUUUCAAGAGAACUUUUGUUAACAAUAAUCGCGCUCCUUAUGUGAAAAUCACAACUUCCGAAACUCGUAUGUAACUGAUUAGUAAAAAAACUUCGAAUAUCUUUAGCAGACGAAUGGAACGGUUAUAUCCAGAAAGUUAUGUAGCCUUUCGCGACUUUUAGAAAUUUCAAGGCCAUAAAAAUAAACAAUAAUUAGUUAAAAAGUCGCUGGGUGCCCCUGAUCAUUGAGUUAUACGCAUGCAUUUUCAUUAAGGACCAUUAGGUCGAUCUCAAAAUAUAAUUAUCCUUGUUUCACCUGCUUUAAUUUUACCUCCCUCCCUUUAACCCAUUCGCCACUGGAGAUUUUGCCGAAAAACACGUUUUGAAGAUAGUCGAGCGAUUUGCUGGUCACUAUCGUGCUUUAAAGAGAUAAAACUCACCACAAGACUGUUCUUCGCGGCCUUCUAAUCCAGAUGCAAAAUAUUAGCUUGCGAAGUUCGGGCAUGCGCAGAAAGCAAAAUUUCGAGAUAAUUCUGGGUUUAAAAGUGACACAGCAGUCUUGACUUUUUCUUGUCGCUUUCUCUCCUCCUCUCUUUUUUCGCUUUUCUUGCCUCAUUUUUUUCUCUUGCUGGGCAUUUAGUGGGCUUCAUUUUGGUGGAAAAAGUUGUGGGGAAGACCUUUAGGAUCUCAGGAUUAUAAAUGAAAGGAAAGGUAGGUGGGUAGUGGAACAAGAUUUUCAUGGAAAUUUUUGGGUCAAUGCCCGGGAGGGGGUACUCCCGCGAAUUUUGGAUAGGGGUGUGCCGCGAAGGUUCUUAAACCCUAACCCUAUUUAAGGACUAACAAAGCGAAAAAUGAUACCCUUUUUAAGGCCGAAAGCCGAAAAAGAACACCCUAUUCAAGGAAAAAACAAAAUUAUUAAUAGCAUGAACAGGAAAACUUUAUUUCUUCUCUGUAGCAUUGGAUGUAUAGCAUCGAGCAUAAAAUACUAGAAUAAGCCUAGUUUAAAAAAAAAAAUGUUCGUUUAGGCGGACGUUUUCACACUCCAGUAUUAGAUAAUACAAUUAAGCUACCCUAUCUAAGGACCAAACCAGGGACACUGAAACAAAAGGGUCAAAAAAGAUACCCUAUUUAAGGACCGAGAACCUCAAAAACCAUACCCUAUUCCGCGGCACGUACCUAUAUAGCCCAUAUAUGGGAGUACCCCCCGGGGGUCAAUGUUACAUGGUUUUUUGCCUUUUACUCCGGUGUCCUUGACUGAAUUGUGCUGUUUAUGGUAUGGUUUGAAAGAUCGCUUCACUCUGCACAAGUUAGGGGACAAAGUUAUCCUUGAUUAUUAAAACAGAUGACGUCACAAGCGGUAGAAAGGACGUGGUUCCGCACGGGCGGUUACGGGUGGCUCAGGGGCGAAUGUGUUUUUUAGGGUCUAAAAACAGGAAGUUGCGUUCUAGCUUUGAAUUAUAAAAUAUAUCCCUGGCAUGUCGUAUCAGGCAGGAAUGCGUCAAAAUGGGACCAGAAAUCUCCUGAUUUGGAGAUUAAUCAACCUCAAAAAAGGUACCCGGCACUCAAGUUAAUUUGCACUGGAGAGCCUAUAAUUUAAUAAUAAUAAUAAUAAUAAUGAUAAUAAUAAUAAUUAUUGUUAUUAUUAAUAUUAUGUUCACUGGAAGAGACAUUAUUAUUAGAACUUCUUUGGAAAAAGAAAUUGCGCUUUGUUGUUAUAAAUUUUUUAGGUCUAAAUUUCUUUUGGACAUCCUUUCCGCUGAUCACGAAAUUGACAAGCUUGUAUGUGACGUCGUGAGACGUAAAUUCAGGAACUAAAAAUUAGAUUUUUUGCAUGCAUUCGUAUCCCUCUCUUAGGGUCGCUAAUGUUGUUGCAUCUAACUGCAACGCAUCUCUUGUUUCCGUUAGUGCUUGGAAGAAAUAUUUCUAGAACUUCACAUUUGAUUACUUCUAAAAGUAACGAGUUCCUUAAUUUAUGUCAGAGUUCUUUAAUCUAAGUCACAGCUCCUUUGUUUCCGCGAGACUUCAGAGAAAAUAGUAAGACUAAUGGCGUGCCAAAAUGGUGGCACAUUUGAACGUUUCUGAGUAAAAAAAAAAAAAAUACUGAAAAAAAAAUUCCUAUUUUGACUGUGUAAUUGAUAAGUAUUUUCAAUUAAAAAAAGACAAAAAAUUAGGUUAUGGGCGCUUGAACUUGAAGCGUCUUUGAGCGUUCAGCUGGUGCAUCUUCAAGCAAACAUGGAAUGCAACCACGUGACUCAAAGUGGCGGGUAUACAUAAUGAGAGUUGCUCUGUUUUAGGAGUAAGUACUGUGCAUUAACAGCAACGUUUUCAAAGCACUUACACAAUUGUAAUUCUGUGUCUUUAUUUAUUUCCAUGAAAAUUAUCAAACUGCCGAAAAAUAUUCUACUCAUAUCAUGCUAUUCCACGCAAUAAGACAAUGGCGAAUCAAACUAAAGUAAUCAACGCUUUCAAGCGAUAGAAUUCGUGGACCGACCCGUUCCGGAAAAGCUCGAUAUGGGAUUUCUAUUCUAUGGACAUGGAUCGACAGGAAGUGCUGUAAGCAGAGUGCGUGAUGGUCAAGUACAAAGCUACCCGUCUAAACACAUCCGUGACUCAUAUCUAACGUCAGAAGGGUAGUUGAAGUUGCUUUCAGUAGUAAUCGAAGGUUAAAUCAUUGAUAUCUUAAGUAUUUAUAAAGUGCAUCGCGACGUCACAUCUUAAGAACUACGAAAUUCUAUCAAUUAAUAAAAUACAUACAACAAAGUGAAUCUAUUUAACCGUAGAGUUUCAGUACUUGUGACAAUAUUCUGAAAAACGUAACGCCUCAAUACACUACAAAAAAGGAUUUCCCCGCUACAAUAUUUCCUCAUUGAGAUAUUUACUUUUUAAUACGAGUGCAUAAUUACACGAAAAUGAAGGGUCUCGAAUCGGGGAAAAUUGCAUCAUUGCCAAACAGCUAAAGACGUGAUCAACUUACAUGCGUCAUUUCAGUCAUCGCCGAAAAUAAGCCGCAUGCUCAUCACGAGACUCACUGAAUACGAUAAAAGUCGUCACGAUUCUUUUCCCCAGUUUCCAUGGUCUCCGCUAGGAACGCCUGGGAGCAUGGCGCCCUAAUUGGUGGCCACCGACAAAGAAAAUUAACAAAAAAAACGAAACGCCUGCAUUUUUAGUCUCUCUCUGCUAAAGCACACACACAACACUUCAAAAAAAAAAACAAUUUGCUUUAACUGAAAAGAAGCUAUUUGGCCCUUAACGAAGAAGAAAAAAAACAAGACAACAAGAAAGAAAAGCUAACAGAAUCAUUACACUUAACGGUAGAAAUGACAAAAGAAUGUCCAGUUAUAACUUAAACCCCAGAAAACGUCACACAAACGAAGUCACUGCCGAAACCACAAAGCGGCUCUAAAAGAAAAACCUCAGAACAUAACCCCGUUCGCUGUACUGAGCAAUGGCUAAAUUUAAGUACCGUACGGUAAAAUACUCCGAGUCUGACUUAUUCAGUGAUUCUUUUGACAAGAAACUGAAAUUUUCGUGGAAAAGGAAACGUUUUACCCCAGUCGGAUACUGUCAUAAAAUGCAUGCUCUGUACAGCUCUAAAAAUUUUACUCUGAGAUAGCGUAAACACCAGCUGUAUGGAGAUAUCAAAAGAAGAUACUAAGCAGCUAUGGAAAAUGUAAUUACUUUCAUGCGAUUUUGAUAUCUUAUAAAACGGACCACAAAUUCAACAGGAAUACGUGCGAACUGAAUUAACUGUCUGUUGUAUAAGGUUCUGCUAAACUUACACAUUUUUCCUGUACUGAACAAAAACUGCACCAGCCGUAUCUUGGUCCGCUACAUAGAAGCUAUAUAUAUAUAUAUUUAUACUGAUAAAAAUCAUCGUUCAAUUUUUUGAGUGUAAAAUCCCGAAAGAGUUCUCCUCACGGAAGCAAUAUCAAUAUGUAAAAGGUCUCACACCGGUGUGAAGCUAAGAUGUGCAGCCUGUCUUUCCUUGCAAUUUUUACGUUUUAAAUAUUUACAUUAUGGCAUAUAACUGCACUCGUUUUGCAUUCAAAACGAAAACAACAGCACCAGCUCCUUUGACAACAAAACUUAUCUCCAAGCCCCAUGGGCUCCAAGCAAGCGAGACUCAACGCUACUAAGAGAGUUUUUGUUUCCUUACGUGAUUGCGGUUGAGAUUGAUCAUUGAAUAUACAACAGAUCCGUUCAGAGUACUGCAGUUUACAGUUUAAACGUUAACCAUGAAUUACGAUCAAAAAUAGUAAAGCAAUUCUGUAUCAUGUAGACAUUUCCAGACGAUAUUUCGUUUUGCCAGUUGAAAAUCGUGUUUUACUUUUUGCAUGAAUUAAAGCAAAGGAUUAUUCGGGGGCACCUAACGAGAAUAGAGUCCAAAACCAUUUAAACAUAGCAUUGUUAAACGUAUUUGAGUAUUUAAACGGUACGUAGAUAUAGGCAUAUCUUUAUGCCCUAGAAAUUUUUCAUCUGUUCGGGUUUCCUAACUGAAAGUCUAGUGAUUCGAAAAUUAUAGGGAUCAAAACUUACCUUUUGGAAAAUUUCAGCCAAAAAAAAGGCUCCCGAAAAUUCUAGGUGACCUUCUUAGGGUGCCAUUUUUUAGAUGUUCGAAAAUCCUAGGAGAGGCAGACAAGCAACAAAUUUUACAAAAAUGUGAAAUUCAGGCUAUAAUAAUGUAUUGUAAUAAAGAACCGAAACAUCUGGUAAAUUUCUAGGUGCUCCUAGCCCCGGUUGUAAGUUCUUUGCACUGAGAGAUAUGGCUUCGUUAAUCCGACUACAUUAUUAGUGCCUCUCGGCUUAACUGUAUUAAUUCGUCUUUCAGGAAAUUGCGGUCAAAACAACCGACGCAUCACAUUUCUGACACCGGCCAGUGGGUUUUACCUUGAAGGACACGUGUUUUCAAAUCAUUCCGUGGACCUAAACCUAGACUGCCAAGACCAAUGCGCCCUUGCUAGGGAAUGUGUUUCAUAUAAUAUUGGUCCAAUGAUCAACAACAAGGUGGCAUGUGAACUGAGUAAUUCAGAUCACUUGCAACACCCAGAAGACCUCAAACCAAGAAAAGACUGGUUCUACAGGGGCACAGAGGUAUGACUAAAUAAUACAAGUUAUCAGUGUCAACUGCUCAACCCAACUUUACGACUUCAAUAUCAUUAUGUAGUAAAGAUUUGCUUCAUUUUUUUUAUAAAACCGCAUUUAUGUAAAGUUACUGGGUCUACUGGAGAUGCAUGCAAUAUAGGUUCGGUCACACUAGCCGUUAUACCCACUUGCAAAUGGCUGUUGCCCAUGCAGAAGCAACUUUGAUUUGUGCGUUACCAACAGUUCUCAAGGUGAAUUUGCCCCCGGAAAAUUUACAUCGAUACGUGAAAUAAAACAAUAGUAAAGUGACGGUGCGCGUAUUGGCGUAUUGUUAACAGUGAUAACAAAUUAAGAUGAUCAGAUGAUGAUUUUCCUACACAUUUUUUAUCAAAUCAGAAUCUUUGCGCCACUAACCCCUGCCUGAACAACGGGACAUGCUACAUGGGAUAUACUGAGAAAAAAUACGCUUGUGUUUGCCCAGCUUACCUCAGAGGUGAAAACUGCGAAGGUAAUUAAAAGUAUUGUAAUAAUUUUAAUACAACCUUGUAUUUAUCAAGAGUUAUACGUCUCAAUGGAUGAAUCGAAUGUCUGUCAGAAUUGCCUCAUAACCUAAAACUGCCACGUUAAGUAAAAGGCAAAUGGUUAUGAAGAACGCCUAGGGAGAUUCCCAAAGUGAGGAGGAUCGAUGUCCGUCGGAAAAUGAAAAUGAAACCUAACGGAAAGACCAAUGUGGGUGUGGCUUAAAAUAUAAAGUGACCCCCUAAGGAGACCAUACUAAAACAGACAUCAAAAUAAGAGUUAGGGAUCUUAAUAAGAUGCCAGGAGUGUUAAGUGUGUUCCGCCUUUUCUAAAAGUUAGCGGAUUUCUGUGAAGUCAGUGUCACGUCAUUUUUUGUAAAUUUCUUUAAGCACAGCCCUAAGCGAUACCUUAAUGGAUAGAGUGAACACCAAACACCCUAAGUGAGACCAAAAUCUGCAAAUUACACCCUUAAGCGAGACGACGAGCAUCCCCGUCACUUUUAUAUGGGAGUUCCUUGCAGGGAGAACUUAAAUACACUGAAAUCGAGGUACGCAGGUUUUGUUAGCUGAAUUGGAAAUAUUUUGAAUGUCUAAUCAACAAUUACUUGAUUCGGCUCAUCUUUCGCGUAAUAUACAUGAACAAUUAUUCGAACCGUGAAGACUGUUAUGCAUGUUGAAUUCACAUCGGCCGAUAAAAUUCUCCUCGAUCUUCAUAAUACUUCAUAUCAUAUACCAAAGCGGAAUCCAAUUAUUGCUAAUUAAUUAAAUUGCUCCAUUAUUUAUUGUAAUAUCUGUAGCAUCUCUAUCUAUCCUGGCACAGCUUUUUACUCAACACUUCUACUUCUGGCAGUUUACCGAUACUUUUGUGUAGUACAACACAUUUUGAAUAAUGAAUCGCAACGUUUCUUAAAUAAUGAAUCAAAUGAAUAACUUAGAACUUUCUCUCUGCAGUUGCCUUGUUCUUAUCAUGCAGCCAUUUAAAGAAGGAAGACCCUACAGCAACAAGUGGAUAUUACAUCAUUGAUCCAGAUGGCGAGGGAGAUCUGGAGCCAUUCUCAGUGUACUGUGACAUGACAGUCAAGAAUGAAGUUGGCGUGACAGUCAUCAGUCACGAUAGUGAGCGCAGAACGUUGGUGACAGGAUGUGAACAUAGAGGAUGCUACUCACGUAACAUUCACUACACAGGAGCAAGCCUGUCCCAGUUGGCUCCACUUACCCGUGUCUCCUUACACUGCGAGCAGUUUAUCAGGUAUGAGUGUUUUGGUGCAAGGCUAUUAAAAUAUUUAUCGGGAUGGUGGGUGUCACGUGAUUCUACUAAGAUGAGGUACUGGGGCGGAGCAUCCCCUGGCAGUGGUAAGUGCGCAUGCGGGAUGAACAACUCAUGUGCAAACCCCAGUGAUGGCUGUAACUGUGAUGAGGAUAGACAUGUGUAG